AUGUUUGUCAUCGCACGCGAGCUCAAGGGAGGACCACCCAACUGUGAAGGUGCCAACUGCUCGAAGGGACCACCACGUCCAGUCAUUCGUGUCAUGCUCAACGAAUGGGCCGAUUUCCGUAUGGGCGACCCGUGGCUAAACAAGAAACUUGUCAAGGCACUCGGCAAGGCGUUGGACUCGUUACCCGGUGAGAGCUCGGAACAAUACGUGGCCCUAUGGUAUCAAUGUGGAGAGCCGGUGAUGGGACGCAUUUGGAACGAUGGAGGAAAGAUUACAGCCAACUUCGCACAUGGAGGCAACGAGUACAAGAAGGAUGUCGGAUCGCUUCAAACGAGUCAAUGCAAUUACCAGAAGUUCGAUUCGAUUGCGUUUGUCAAACUGAGAUUGCUGACGGCUUUGGUGAUUCUCGUGCGAUGUCUUGAGUGGAUUCUGCAAAAGAUGAUUCUCAUCUAUGAGAAAACACCGAUGAUCUACAAUGCGGCUCGUUUCUGCUAUGAGAAACCAGAUGUGACCAAGGAUCUAAUCCGCACUUCUUUGCACCUUGCUUAUGUCUCUUAUCAAAACGGUCUUUGGACACUUAGUGAUGCUUUUGACGCGUUCUUUGGCAACUCGAUUGGAAAGAUGAAUGAACUUGAGGAAAAAGCCGAUGAAAAAGCAGAACGAGGAGGAAAAUCGCCAAAUUCACCCACCAAAUCUCCAGCCACUCCGAGCAAGGCACAGAAGGUGGAA